AGUUGAUUUUUUUUUCUUAUAGCGGUAGAAUGGCUGGGAAGCAUUCGAUUUCAGAGUUCUACAAUGGCAGGAGCAUCUUCAUCACGGGGGCCACUGGUUUUAUGGGGAAAGCCCUUCUAGAAAAGCUUCUGAGAGGGUGCCCAGGAAUUAAGAAUGUUUACAUUCUAGUCAGACCAAAGAGGGGGAAAGAUGUCAAUCAGAGGCUGGAGGAACUCCUUAGUUCCAAGCUGUUUGAGAAGCUGCAAAGACAGAACCCAGAUUAUGCUAAAAAGGUGAUAGCAGUGACGGGGGACAUUCUCCAUGAAAACCUCGGGGUCAGUCAGAGGGACGAAGAAAUGGUGAUCAACAAUGUCUCCGUCGUCUUCCACUCGGCGGCCACGGUCAAGUUUGAUGAGGAGAUGAAAUUAUCGGUAGAAAUGAAUGUGGUAGGAGUCAACAGAAUGAUUCAGUUUUGUAAGAAAAUCAAGAACUUAGAGGCACUUUUACAUGUUUCAACAGCAUAUUGCAAUUGCAAUGUAAAACACAUUGAAGAGAAAGUGUACGAUCCACCAUUAGCCCCUCACAAAUUAUUGGAUGCAUGCGAAUGGAUGGAUGGGGAUGUUCUAAAUGCUCUAACACCAAAGAUGGUAGGAGACAGACCAAACACUUAUACAUACACCAAAGCCAUUGCAGAAUAUCUGCUGUACCAAAACAAAGAGGACCUCCCCAUAGUUAUUUUUAGACCCUCCAUUGUGGGGGCUUCCUGGCAAGAACCAGUACCUGGAUGGGUUGAUAAUUACAAUGGACCAACAGGACUUUUAGCAGCUGUUA